AUGCGCGACGGUCAUUAUCCCAUGCUACAGACUUUUCUCGUCGAGGGUGACAUGUAUGACAUGAUGGAAUGCACGAUUUUCGACGAUGCUCCGAACCUUACCAACGUGCGCUUAAGAGGCUUGGGUUUAAGCUACUGCCGUCCUCCUCUAAAUGCCGUCACUGAGCUUCAUUUAGCAUAUACACUCGAUACCAUUCCCUACGCCGACUUCUCCAAAAUGUUACGAUCCAGCAAGUCAUUGAUCACAUUGUGCAUCUACGACGAUUUGGUUGACCCAUGGCCUUCUGGUCUGCCAUUAAUCCAUAUACCCUCUCUCCGAUACCUACGGAUUUUUGGAUCUAUGACGGGUGUCUCUGAGUUCCUACUCUCCAUUUCUGUUCCAGAUCUGGAAGAACUCACCAUCGCUCCCAUCGCAACGGACGACCUCAUCAUCCUUCAAGAGGAUAUCUCUCACAACCCACCAAAAUUUCCUGCACUAAAGUCUCUAACCCUUGCACCCGCUGAAGCUCAUUCCAUGCAACAAAAUUUACGCCCUGCAUCGAUAUGCUUUCCUGGAAUAGAGUUACUUAUUCUUCCCAACUAUUAUAGUGAAUCUUUCUUAAUGUCUUUCAUGACAGACGAAGCUGCCCCUUUGUGGCCCGGGCUUCACGCCCUCGCAGUACGCGACAUUGAUGGCAGGUGCAAUCAAGGUGUAUUAUAUGAGUUCGUCGAGGAACGCCAACGUUUAAGCGUCCCCUUACACACAUUAUACUUGGAUUCUUCAUCUGUACCAAGAAUGACUCGAAUGGAUUGGCUCAAGAAUCAGUUGUCGGUGGUAGAGGCGGAUCCUUGGUGGAUACAAUGUGGGGACGCUUUCUAUAGUGAUGAAGAAGACCCAUUUCUAGGAUACCGAUCACCGUGA